AUGAAGAAGAGGCUCCAAGCUCAACAAAACAUAGCACUCCGUGAAGCGGUGGACGCACCGUGAUACUGCAUUAUGGAGAAGGCUGGCUCAAAAAAACGAAAAAGACCCGAAAAAUCGGUAAUCGAAGAAGCAGUCAGUGAAGUUUUGGAGAAAGGUCAGUCCAUAAACAGAACUGCACUUGCCUUAAACAUAUCGAGGGCUUACUUAGCUAAAAUCGUUAAAAAAGUGGAGACGUCUGGCGAUUCAUCAUAUGAACACUGUCCUAAUAUAGGGAACAGGCGUAUUUUCACAACAGAACAGGAGAAUAUGCUUGCAGAGUAUUUAAAGACCGCAUCUGAAAUGUGCCAUGGCCUAACAAGACACCAAGCAAAGAAGCUAGGAUUUGAUUAUGCCGUAGCCAAUGAUACCUUUCUACCGAAAUGGAUUGAAGUUGAAACUGCGACUGAUGAUUGGCUCAAAGGGUUUAUGAGCAGACACAAAGGCUUAACUGUGAGAAAACCUGAAAGCACUUCUCUAUCCCGUGCAACAAGUUUUAAUAAAGCUAAUGUAAGCACAUUUUUUGAGAAACUAAACACUGUUUUACAAAGAUACAAAUUUCCUCCUCAUAGGAUUUUUAACGCCGAUGAAACAGGCUGCAGCACCAUCACCAAUCCUCCUAAGGUCAUAGCUGAAAGGGGUUCGAAACAAAUUGGGCAAGUUACCUCAGCCGAACGAGGAACAUUGGUGACAACUCUGUUCUUUAUUAAUACUGCUGGUGGUUUUUUGCCGCCCGUUUUUGUGUGUCCUAGAGUAAACUAUGAAGAUAUUAUGUUAAAUAAUGUUCCGCCAGGAGCCCUAGGAUUGGCUCAAGUUUCUGGAUGGAUGACUGAAGACUGUUUUGUGAAAGCGCUUGAACACUUUGUAAUACGUAUAUGUUAG